AUGUGGAAUAUUAAUCACCGGACUAGUUUACCAUCCAAAAAUAUCGGGCGUGUUUGUUUUGUCAGCGGACCAGAUGCGGUAGCCGGAAGUGAGGUGAGGUCACGUGACGAACCGCUCGGUUUUCCUAUUUCUAUCACUCUUCCCCUCUCGCUUUCUUACCAUUUCCUUAUUUCAAAGUCUCUUUCUUUUGUUCUUCCUCUCUUCUCACUCUCCCAGUCACUGCCUAUCUCUUUCCGACUUCUACCUUACUCUUCUCUUUCCCGGCCUUUCCUUAUCUAUUUUCCACUCUCACUUUCCUUCACUCUGCUUAUUCCUCAAUCUUUCUCUUUUCCUCCUCUCUUACUCAGACUCUUCCUCUCACUCCCUUUCUUUAUCUGUUCAAAUUCUCUUUUACUCAUCUAUCUCCCUUAUCUCUCUCUUCCACACGCGUUCCUACUCUGUCAAUUUGUCUUUUUUUUUUCGACUCUUCUCUUCCCCUCUAACUUUUCAAAUCGCUUCCUUUCUAUCUAUCUCCCUGUCUUCUCCUCUGUUUCUCGCCCUACUCGCCCUUUUUCUCUCUCUCUCCCUCUCUCUUUCCUCUCCCUCCCUUUAGUCCUCCUCAUUUCUCUUUCAGUAUCGGCUACAAACCCUUUCCUACAAUCCUUAAAUCUGUUCGAGGCAACCAUGUGA